CCGGCGCCCCCUUUUCCCCUCUCCUCCCCCCCAAAGCCUCAGGCACCCACACACCCUCCCCUAGCUAGUAGCUCGAUCUCCUUCUCUCUCUCUCUCCAUGGACGCUCCGGCUCCGAGCAGCUGCACGCCUCCUGCUCAUCACUCUGCUCGCGCCAAGUGAUCAGAGAAGCUGCGAGCUCUUCAGCUGCAGCCUAGCUCUACCAGUUGACCCUGAACCACGGGAGAGCAGCAGCUGCUAGCGAGCAGUGCACGCGCAGGUGUGCUAGCUAGCUCGCUAGCUGCCCGUAGCUUGAUUGAUUGGCUAGAGGUGGUAGCGUUAGGUAGCUUUUAGUUCUGGGCAUGGAGAGCGCUCCGGUGCUGGUGAGGCACGCCGGCGGCGUGGCGGCGCUGCGUCAGCUGCCGCCGGGGUUCCGGUUCCGCCCCACGGACGAGGAGCUGGUGGUGCAGUACCUCCGCCGCAAGGCCUUCGGCGUGCCGCUCCCCGCCGCCGUCAUCCCCGUCGUCCCCGACCUCUACAGCCUCGACCCCUGGGACAUCCCUGCCGAUGCAAGCGAGGGGGAGAAGUACUUCUUCGCGGUCAGGACGGCGGGCGCCGGCAGCGGAUGCAGCAAGAGCGGCGGCGCUAGGGCGGCAACCGCGAGCGGGCGGUGGAAGCCGGCGGGGAAGGAGAAGCCGGUGGUCCUUCCCCGGCCGUGCGGCGGCGGGAGCCUCCUCGUCGGCGUCAAGAGGACGCUGACGUUCGUAACCCGGCGGAAGAAGAAGGCGUCGGCGCCGUCGGCCUCCCUCGGCAACGGCUGGGUCAUGCACGAGUACCGCCUCGCCGCGCCGCUGCACAAGAACGGCUGCAGACUGGGUCAGGCAGAAGGAGAGUGGGUCGUGUGCCGGGUCUUCCAGAGGAGCAACAGGCCGAGGCGGCGACCGGCGCCGGCCGGUGCCGGCCACGACGCCGCCGCGUCGCCGACGUCGUCAUCGGCCAGCUGCGUCACGGACGGCUCGGACCAGGAGGAGGAGGUCAGCAGCUAGCUACCUCGCCGCCGGCUGGCCGGCCACAAGAACCGCAAGGUUUGCAGCUGCUGCUAGCUGCAUGCUUCUCAAUGAGAGGCUGGAUUGAUCGGAGCUGAGUUAGCCUAUAGCCUUUAGGCGACCAGGAAACGAAAACGACCUGCCGUUACUUAAUCUUCUACUUGCUUUCUCCAACGACAUUUCUUGUCACUACUUUACUUAGUUCCUUUCCUUUUCUUUUUCCCUCCCUCGAUCUGUGUAAUGUAAUGCAGUGUAAUUUAGUGAGAGGAAGAAAGCAGUACCACCGGAUCAUUAACAAGCAAGAUAAUCAGGUUCAGGAAGCUUCUAGCUGAGGUUUCAGAACCCAAACGUGUAUCGUAUGCAACUAUGCAUGGAGCAUAUAUACAUGUUCGUAGUCGUAGCAGCUGCAGAAAUGGCCUCUGCAUGUGGUCAAAUUGUAACUUGAAAUUUGUCCUUAAGGUCUUUGUAAUAUUUCUUCAGGGAAGAGGAAUCUGAAGCCGUAACAGCAAUUGCUACGUUCGGCCGUUCUAUUUAAGUCAUAUUUAUUUGCA